AUGGAGAAACAGACCUUGGUGACGGCUAUCAGUUUGUCCAUGAGCCUGGCAUCACUGGCACUUCUCAUCACCGCUAUCAUGACCGACCACUGGUACGAGACGGACACAACACGGCACAGGCAGAACUGCGACCAGUUCGGGCCGGACGCCAACGACCAGACGAACCGGCGGAUGCCCAUCUAUCACCUGCCCCUGAUGGACAGCAGCAAUCCUCGGAGGAACCAGGCGCUGCUCCGAGCGAUCCACGUCGGGAGUAGAGAGGAGGAGCUCCUGGAAAACUGGAGGUCAAUUUUGGGAAUGGGAAUUUUAGAAACGGAAUGCGGGCGGCCUCUUUUCUCCACUUACUCUGGACUUUGGAGGAAAUGUUAUUAUCUAGGAAAGGACAGGGACAUCGACAACCUCAUUGCCAAGGGUAUAGCCCAGCGAUGCAUCACCAUCAAGUACCAUUUCUCCCAGCCCAUCCGGCUCCGCAACAUCCCGCUCAACCUGACCCGCACCAUUCAGCAGGAUGAGUGGCACCUCUUACACCUGCGGCGGAUCACGGCGGGGUUUCUGGGUAUGGCAGCAGCCGUUCUGUUGUGUGGCUGCAUCGUGGCGUCUGUCAGCUUCGCCUGGGAGAAGAGUCUCACUCAGCACGUCUCUGGGCUGCUCUUUCUCAUGGCAGGGAUCUUCUGCACCAUCUCCCUGUGUACCUAUGCGGCCAACGUGUCCUACGACCUGGCCAGGGUCCCUCCCUUCAUCUACGGGCUGCCCGCUGAUGUGGAGCAUGGCUACAGCUGGUCCAGCUUCUGUGCCUGGCUCAGUCUGGGGCUGACAGUGGCAUCUGGAUGCCUGUGCACCACUUUCCCCAUCCUCAGCCAUAGCAACAGCAAAGCCCAGCAGGGAAAGGCUGCCCCCAAUGACUGUGUUUGA